AGGAAGGACGACGCCCCCUCAUAAAGCCCGCGCUCGGGUUCCAGCCGCAGCCAGAGCAGAGACGACGUGACAACCGCGGACACGCGCGCUCAGAGCAUCCUCACCUUGGAGACGCGAGCUUUUGGAGAAGACUUUCAAACACGCGCAGAGCGGCUUUCAGAAGACUUGGGCUCAACAGACCCUCACGCGCACCUCCCGACAGCCACCUGUAGCCCCCCUCUCCCCGCAGAAGACCAGUCUCCUCCCGACCGCUACCUGUAGCCCCGCCGCUCCGUCCCCCCGGCUCCUCGUGGUAGAACACUGUGUUCCCGUGAUGUCAUACCUGUGGAUCCUGCUCUUAGGGAGCCUGCUCGCGGGCAGCGCCAAGGCACAAGAGGAGACGGCAGAUAUAGAUUCCCCUACUGACACUGCUGUAGAGGAAGAAGCUGUAGAAGAAGAAGCUCCUGCAGAAGAAGAAGCUGUAGAAGAAGAAGCCACUUCAGAAGAAGACGCUACUGCAGAAGAAGAAGGUCCUGCAGAAGAAGAAGCCACUGCAGAAGAAGACGCUACUGCAGAAGAAGAAGCUCCUGCAGAAGAAGAAGCCACUGCAGAAGAAGAAGCCACUGCAGAAGAAGCUCCUGCAGAAGAAGCCACUGCAGAAGAAGCUCCUGCAGAAGAAGCUCCUGCAGAAGAGAAAGCUACUGAGAAAGAAGAAGCUACUGCAGAAGAAGAAGCCACUGCAGAAGAAGAAGCCACAGCAGAAGUAGAGGCUCCUGCAGUAGUAGCAGCUCCUGCAGAAGAAGUCACUUCAGAAGAAGAGGCUCCUGCUGAGGAAGAGGCUGCUGCUGAAGUCGAAGCUCCUGUAGAAGAAGAAGCUACUACAGAAGCAGCUCCUGCUGAGGAAAAGGAUACUGCAGUAGUAGCAGCUCCUGCAGAAGAGGAAGCCACUACAGAAGAGGCUACUGCAGAAGAAGAAGCUGUCACUGAUGUCGCAGUUAUUGCUGAAGAGGUGGCUCCUGCUGUAGAAGCAGCUGCACCUACUGAUGUCGAAGAAGAGGCUCCAACGCCUGUAGUGGAAGGGGAUACACCAUCUGAGGCAGCAGCUGACGGUGCCAAGCCGAGUGAAGGCGCGGAGGCAGUGGCAACCCCGGAGAAUGUUACGGAGGCUCCUGUAGAAGCCAUCAUCCCCGUAGCGGAAGGUCCCUCAGACGACGCACCGGGACCGGUCGACCAGCCGUCACGCAAUGGGAAUAUUCCACACACAUCUGAAUCAUCAGCAGACGGAUCAGUGGAGGGAAAAUCCGCGGGCUCCGGGUCCCUGGCCGGCAUCCUGAGUGCCCUCUGUGUGGCGCUGGUGGGCUCCGUCAGCGGCUACUUCGCCUACCAGAAGAAGAAGCUCUGCUUCAAGAACAGAGAAGCUGACCCUGAAGCAGCCCGGAAAGCUGACGCGGCAGCAGAAGCUGAAUCAGACCCCCAGGUCCUUAGCACCCUGAUCACCUCCUCCUAGACCGCCAUCACAUGACCCUCAUCGACCAAUCGCAGCGGUGACUGUAGAGUAACGAGGGGGGUUUCACUUUAGGGUCGUGAACAUCUGACAUGCAAGUUUGUGUGUGUGUUUGCACACAAAUGUGUUGAAGUUGAUGUGUGUGUGUGUUUAAAUAUGUCAGAGAAGGAGCAUUGAAAGAGAAUUUGAAUUAUUAUUGAAUAAUUCAAUUUGUGGGUGAUUUUGUUUUUUGUUCGUAAGUCCCUGAGACAAUUUGAUAAUCAAUCCCCUUUAACUUGUGUACAAAUAAUAAUCAGAAAUGGUAAACUAAACUGGAACAGCUUUUCUUCAUGUUUUGCACGAGAGUUCGGAUUUCUCAGCAGCACUCAGUGCACUACAAUGGGUAUAACAGUUACACAAUACACACAACAAAGACACAUAGUGCAAACUUGUAUCUGCUUGGUUUCAGUCCGGUAAUCGUUGUACACUGUGAAUGUAGUUGGAGCCCCUGAGCUGCGACAGCAAUAGACAGGUGGCAGGUUCAGCCAUUAUGGAGCACCCAGUGUUCAUUGCAUUCCUACUGCACUGCUGGAGCACUUUGACUUCACACACGCUUUGGACAAAGACUAAUGCAAUGUGGCCGGCUCACUAGAAAGGCUUAUAUCUGAUACAUGCUGGGUGCAUCCUUCAAUGGCUGGGGCUGCUGUACUGGACCACGAGAUAAAGUGUUCGGUGGUCCGAUCCCUCUUAGACUGGGCCUGUAUGUGGUAUGUUCAUGUGUUAUGUGUGCAUACAUACGUGUGAUGUGUGUGUUUUUUGACUGCUUGGUUGGUGGUGGGGAGUUUCCAUGUUCUGGGUGACCACUGUUCCUCUUCUUAGUGAAUUCAGGAAGCACGUUCAAGCAGGGUUUCAAAAUAAUAUUCAAAUAAGACAAAAAAAGUUCUCAACGUUUUAUUUGAUGACAACACCUGAAAAUAAAAAAAGGGACAAGUCACUGUUCAAAUCCACAAGACCUUUUAGUUGUCAUUUAUUUAAUUUAUAAUCUCCUGAAUUGACUCAAGUGAGGUAGGGUGAACCUCCUUUUUGUGUCUGUCGACAAUGCGUCCUCCAGAGUGGACGGACCAGUGAUGUUUGGUGGCGUACUCUUGGAUCUAGUCUGUAAAUCUAGUUGUGAUGCAGUCCUGUCUGCGGUGCCUUUCACUGACACAGCGCUCACUUGAACAAGCUCCAGAAACGAACGCAUUUAAAGCGCACAUUUUGGGCCAUUACGAGGAAUGAUAAUGUUUGCUUAGUUUACAAUCUCAUAACAGGAAUCAUCUUUAUCCAAUUAAUGAGUGACGGCUAGCAAAGCAUGGGAACCAUCGGACCAAUGGGAAGGGACGGGGUGGGGCUUUUGACUUUGUAAUGACAGUUAGAUGAUUGAUGUCCUCCCAGCUGCUUUGACUCUAGGAUAAAAAACAUCCUGAUCUGAGUGGCUCGUAUGUUUCUGGAACAGUUGAUCAAGUAGGUUGCUGUCGCUAUAUAUAUAUAUAUAUAUAUAUAUAUAUAUAUAUAUAUAUAUA